AUGACAGGCCAUGCAAUUUCUAUAAGAACAGCAAGGGGUAAACGUGAAUAUAUACUUCCUAGUAAAUGCUCCGAAACUAUAAUCUUUGGUUGGCACAAACUAUCAAAUCUAGGGCCUCAGUGGCCAAGUGGAAUGCAACUCCAGAAUCUCCUAGUAGACACUCCAAAAAAUUCGGUUGGCUUAAGCUGCCAAAUCUAG